AUGAAAAGACUAACAACUGGAAGCAACAAUUUAAUUAUUAAAUACAACAUCUUACAUGGAUCAUCAUCGUCAUCCAUAAUAUUUCAUGGUCGUCAUAACUCAACAAGAAAUUUUUCACUCUUCCGAUCACGAUAUGUAGAUCAACUUCUCACUCAAAUAAAGGAUGAAUAUAAAACGCUGCCACGGGAUGAGCUUUUACUCGAUGGAAGAAAGACCAAGAUAUAUGGAUUCAUCAAGACAUCAAGUUUAGAUAAUGAUAUCAUACUGGAAAAGCCACAAUUCUGUGCUCCCAAUUUGAAAGAAAUGAAGCAACCAACAAGUAGUAGGAGUGAUAGAGACAUUGUUGCUCUUCAUUAUCGUGUUGAGAAGGAAUCCAUGUUUUCCAAUCAAGUAUUGGUGGAAUAUUUACUUUUCAAAAAGCCAUUGGAUUUCAUUUUCCAAAGAGAUUUGAGAGAUAAUUCCACUCGAGAACUGAUACAAAUUGAUCUAUCGGAUCGUCUACUCAAUGGUGGAGAACUGAAAGCACUCCAAAAGGACGAAUUACUGACCAUCUUGCAAAGAGAACGAACUCUUUAUCUACAUUCGAGAGAGUUAAGUCCUCUCCUUGAUUCACUUCAAGAUUUUGCUCGAGUCAAUCAUAUGAAAGUACUGUGUAAUGAUUCAAAUCUUAAGUAUGACUAUGAUGGAAAAACCAUCAUUAAGGAGAGUGUUAUAAGGAAUGGCGACUUGCUCAUGUUAAUGGGCCAAACAAAUAGAGUUAUUAAUUAUGAUGAAUUCAACUGUUCUCUCAUCUCAUCCUUCUCGGAAGACAAUUUACACAAAAACAUUUCAAAACUUGUAUAA